GCUUCUCCCUUCUCUCGAAUCAUUCGUUUCGCGACGCGUAGACUUGCCGGCCGGCCUCCGUAUCACUCGCCCGGGCUCAUUCCCAUCGCGUCCGCUAGCCGCACCGCUCCGAUCGCACCACUUAGUUGAAACACCUCGCCAAAACCAUGACGGAGAGCACAGACACCCCCGCGGCAGCUGCGCCUGAAAAGACUCCCACUGAAAAUGGAACUACUGAGACCCCACCCGAAGAGACCCCAGAAAAGGCGACUGAAGAAAAAGAAAAGGAGACUCCUCCUCCCAAAGAGAUGCGCGCUGUCGUCCUCACCGGCUUUGGCGGAUUGAAGACUGUCAAGAUUCUGAAAAAGCCUGAACCCACUGUUGGAGAAGGCGAGGUCCUCAUUCGUGUAAAGGCAUGUGGUCUCAACUUCCAAGACUUGAUCGUGCGACAGGGAGCCAUCGAUUCACCCCCCAAGACACCGUUCAUCCUCGGCUUCGAAUGCGCCGGAGAGAUCGAGCAGGUCGGCGAAGGCGUCACCAACUUCAAGGUUGGCGACCAAGUCGUGGCUCUUCCGGAGUACAGGGCCUGGGCUGAGCUGGUCUCCGUGCCCGCACAGUACGUGUAUGCCCUGCCUGAAGGCAUGACAGCUUUGGACGCCGUAGCCGUCACCACCAAUUAUGUGGUAGCCUACUUGCUUCUCUUCGAGAUGGCCAACCUGACUCCUGGCAAGAGCCUGCUUGUACACUCCGCGGGAGGCGGUGUGGGCCAAGCAGUAGCUCAGCUGGCGAAGACGGUGGAGAAUGUGACGGUGUUCGGCGUCUGCUCCAAAUCCAAGCAUGAGGCUCUGAAAGCCAACAACAACAACAUCGACCACCUUCUGGAGCGUGGCAGCGACUACACCAGCGAAGUCAGGAAGGUGUCUGCCGACGGCGUGGAUAUCGUGUUGGACUGCCUUUGUGGCGAGGAAUGCAACCGCGGCUACCAGCUUCUGAAACCGAUGGGACGGUACAUCUUGUACGGAUCAUCUAACAUCGUGACCGGCGAGACGAAGAGCUUCUUCAGCGCCGCGCGUGCCUGGUGGCAAGUGGAUAAGGUGUCCCCGAUCAAGCUGUUCGACGAGAACAAGAGCCUGGCGGGUCUGAACCUGCGACACCUGCUGUUCCAGCAUGGACGCGCCGAGUACGUGCGCCGCGCAGUCGAGCGCGUGUUCGCGCUCUGGGGAGAGGGCAAGGUCAAGCCACUCGUUGACUCCACCUGGGCGCUUGAGGAUGUUGGUGAAGCCAUGCAGAAGAUGCACGACCGUAAAAACAUCGGCAAGCUAGUACUGGAUCCAUCACUGGAGCCAAAGCCUAAGCCAGCCACCCCAGCCAAGGGCAAGUCCGGCAAGGAGAAGAAACCAGCCAAAGAGAGCUCCGAGGAGAAGAAGGACAAGGACGCCAAGGAAGAGGAGAAGAAGCCAGCUGAGAAUGGUGAGAAGAACGGGGAAAAGAACGGUGAAAAGAAUGGUGAAAAGAACGGUGAAGAACCGCUCACUAACGGUAACAGCGACGAAGAGUCAAAGGAGAAGGAGAAGGAAUCGAGCUGAAUUACUUCCCCCGAGGACUGAACCAGAUAAACCACCGCCAAUUGAUUAUGUUAGAGUCGAAGCUGUCCCGAGGACGGCGCCGGCGCCCCGCUUGCUCUGCCGGCGCCGGCGCUGCUUCCUUAUGUGUUGCCUCACCUUAUUAUCCUUAUUCAAUAUACAAGUCUGAUUACCCGACGUCGUUCGGUCGCAACCUAUUUAUAAAUGUUUUCCAUCAAUAUAAUCAUUCAAACGAGCGACCGAACGAUGUCGCAAGCUAAUUUUAGUUUUUAAUUAUUCGUCUAUCAUCACAUUCUCCUAGUUUUGUUAGAGUUAUUAUGAAAUUAAUCGUUGAAAACGCGACAGCGAAACUACAAUGAAUUUAUUUUUAAACAAUUUUUAUUCUUUUAAUAAAUUAAUUUCAUAAUUUGGCCUAAGUUAAGAAUUUUCUCAGGUAACAUACAGUCUUUUUUUAUUAUAGUUUAAUGUUUAAGACUUUAUUUUUAAGAUGAGAUAUUUUAAUCUGCAGUUAUUUUGAAUGGCUAUUGUAUAACUAAGGUGCAGAGAUGCUUAAUCUUUAUGUAUGUUAAGCUUUAAUAUUUUAUUAGUAAAUGUUUAAAAUUUGGCCCACGAGACCCACACCCGUCACCCGCCCGCUCGGGUCGCCUCGUCGACUGUCCGCCGCCCGAGCGACUGCCUGCAGUCUCUCGGCAGCGACUAACGAAUGAGAAACCUUACGUGUGAUAUUUUGUGGUAGGUAUGCUAGAUGUUUUGCGGUAUUUUUAUGCUGCCUUUACAUGACAUAUUAUUUUUGUUACUUUGGUCUUAAAAGUCGAUUAUUUUAUAUUUUUAUACUUAACGUUUUGUAAAUUAUUUUCUAGUUAAGAAAACAUUUCACAGAAUUUGUUUAACGCACCGGUCAUUGUGUGACAGACACGAUCGUCUGCCUAGGCUCUCCACUCGGCGAGUCUUCUACUCCUGACCCCGACAUAGGGCGAGCUUAUCAAUCCGAUUUGUGAAAUAUUUUUGUGGCUAACUUCAUACGAAUCAAUAUAAUCGAUGUCACCCUUCGAUGUAAGUGUAAUAUUUUUAUAUUUCUGUAAUACGACCGGCGACUGUACCGCGGUCUCAUCUCAUUUGUAACGAAGCUUUUAUAUACUAUCUCCUCACAAUAAUCACAUAUCUCCUCCACAUACACAUUCACACGAUGUAUAUUAGGAUUAAUAUUUUGAUACCAAUAUUCACUGCAUUUGUUUUGAUAUAACUAGCAUAUUGUAUUUGUCUACCCCUUAUUUCUUAAGGUUGUAACAAUUUACGACCAUAUAAAUGUACAGUAUGGUUGUAGAUAAAUGUACCCAGUACUAUUUAAAUAUUUUAAUCUGUAAUACACAUAUCAUGCGGAUGUAAAAUGUAACUCUCUGAGGCUGAAACGUAGUCCGGUGCGCCGGAGUAAAACACCACUGCAUCCCACUGCUCAACUGAUCAACUGACGACCCGCGCUCUAAUGUGUGUUCAUCAACCGCCGACUUCUGUGACAGACUUGAAUUUUUAUAAACUUUUACCCUUUUGGAACAUUUUAGCAAAGGCAUGAGUACUAGCGCAGGACGGGCCGCACUCUCUCCGUAGGUAGCUUUUGUAAGUCGUAGUGGCACACGAGUGGCAGGACUGCGUAUGAUGCUGCUUUGUUUAUCGUACGGUGGCUUGGUGCUAGUUUCGUAUCAUAUGCGGAUACAUCUCGCUUCAGUGUCUCGGACCAAUAUCUUAAAAAGCUACUUUUAGUCUUCUUAUCAGUAAUAUUCUUCGCUUUGUGUGUCAAAUAUGUGCGAAUUUCUUGUAAUGUGAACCUAUAUUAAUUAAAUCUUGUGUAUAUCGACCUGUAUAAUGGUUUAGAAUUAUCUCUGAAUUUUCUUCUAUAAGGAUAAUUGAUGAAAUUCAAUAGUAAUAGAGCUGGGGUGACUGCGCCGUUUGUGAUUGUGUCCAAAUUGUUGUAGGUUAGUAUCAAAUUGAUGCCAAUAUUUAUUAACUUGAGGAUGGGUUAGGAAGGGAGUGAAACCAGCGCGGUCACGCCAGCAGACUCAUAGCAGACUGGGUCGUUAUUGUAUUACACAUUUAUUUUUAUAAGGGCGGGCCAGUGUGAUAUCUAUACUAUGAAAUAAAUAAAUAAAUAUGUAUGAUCUGUAAAAAUGCUUA